GUUGCAGCUAUUCUGAGUCCGAGGGACGGAACCGCCAAGGGAGAAGAAAUUUGUCCGUCUUCUGAUCUUCUGUAUUUCUUUAUCCUCUGUGGUUUCCCUCCAUUUCCUGGCUCCAGUCCAGAGUGCGGACCCAAAGACAGAUUUCGAUGGUUUUCCCUUUAAUAGAAUGGUUUCAAUACGUUCCACAGGAGACACUUCGCGCAAAUUAGUGAAUAGCUGAUCCCUGAGAUACCAUCGACGCUUUCCUUUCAAAGCCAUGCCCAUGUCCCGUCUGGUCCGCUUCUCUCUCGAAAACCGUUCAAAGGUCAAUCUCAGUCUUCUUCGAGGGUUAGGUUCCAGGAGGUUUCAGUAUCGUGGCUACACUGGACAACCCAAAUCCAGUACCACAAGGCCAGACAGUCAGCAUCUGUUGCCAGAGAAACCAUCAAGCUCCCACUCAUGGAGUACUUAUAUCGUCUCUAAUGUGCCUGCCAUGGAUGAAAUGUUGGAUUCUUUGCAGCCCACAGCUUUAUUGGCAAUUGCUGGUGGAGCUAUGCUUGUUCACUAUAAUGAUGAAAGGAGAGCAGUUUUAAAAGGUACCGAGCACAAAGGAAACAACAUUAAGGGACCUACAAUUGGAGGCCCUUUUUCUUUGAUCGAUAUGGAACACCAUUUGGUUACAGAACGCAACUUUCGAGGAAACUGGGUACUUCUCUACUUUGGAUAUACUUCUUCUCCUGAUGUUGGACCAGCAGAAGUCCAAAAAAUGGCCGAGGCUGUUGACAUAUUAGAGUCCAAACAGAACUUGAAGGUUAUGCCAGUUUUUGUUACCAUUGAUCCUCAACGAGAUUGUCCUUCACAACUCCGGGCCUAUCUCAGAGAAUUUGACCAAAGAAUAGUAGGCUUAACUGGACCUAUUAAUGCUAUAAGACAGAUGGCUCAGGAGUACCGUGUUUUUUUCAAAAAGGUAGAAGAAGAGGGGAGUGAUUAUCUUGUUGAGUCAUCACACAACAUGUACCUAUUGGACCCAAACAUGGAAAUAUUGAAAUGUUUCGGAGUGGAGUAUGAUGCAGAGCAACUCUCUGAAGCAAUCCUCAGGGAAGUAAAGAAAGUCAUAUAAAUUGAGGUACAUCAACCCAUAGAAGGUACCCUCUGACAUGGUAAGGGACCAUCUUUUUUCAUAUGCAUUUUAUCAUUUUUCAUCUUUUUUGUGUUACAAUAGAAAUAGCUUUUAGUGUUUCGUAGUUUUAAUUGGAUUUGAUGGUCAGUAUGACCAUUGGAUGGUUUUUUGUGGGUGUUCUUUGAGCUUUGGUUUCAAAUGCAGUACUGUACAUUAAGAAACAGGGAAACGAAGAGAAUUAACGAGUUCAAAACUAUUCUUUGACUCUAUUUUUGGUUUUUC